AUGAAGAGCUUUCAUCAGCGCCGCGAUGUGAUCCAAACACGUCGUGACAGCUGCAACAGGACGGUUAUCGCAGGCGGGGCAGCUCGGAGUGGAUCCGUGCACGGAACUAUUGGAACACCACCCUCCUCUGGCUUGCCCCUGCACACGAACGUCGAUCGUGCAUGGCUAGGCGCGUGUCAACUGUGCACCAAGGUCGCCCCUAGUAAAAUCGGUAAGAGAGCGCAAAGUGACCGAAUCAAAAUCCCGGCUGCCAGACGGUGGGCAUGA